AUGUCCUCUUGUGGCCCACCACCUCCUCACCCUUCAUUCAAGUCAGAGCUUCGAAUCAAGAAAUUGUUUCCAGAUGUCGUCAUCCGAAAGAUCGAUACAGCACCGGAGUCGAAGACAUUUAAUUAUCAAGGAUUCCAGCCUGGAAAGCAGAUCUUGAAAGCCGGUUUCUCAAAAGAGCCAGGUAAACGCAAGUUCGGAGUCGACACGAUAUUUGACCGAGACACAGAAAUCAUCGUCAGAGAUGGCGCUCGGCUUUAUACUGACAUCUUUCGCCCGGCGACUUCUGAGACAGUACCAGUACCUGCUGUGAUCCCGUGGAGUCCGUAUGGUAAGACGGGCACGGGGCCUCAGAGCUAUGAUUAUAUGGCCCCUUUCCGUGUGGGAAUCCCACAUGAGAGAACAACAGGGUACGAAAAAUUCGAAGGGCCUGAUCCAGCUGAAUGGAGCGAGAGAGGUUACGCAGUGAUCAAUAUGGAUGCGCGCGGAGCUGGUCAUAGCGACGGCAUCAUCACUUAUUUUGGGGACCAGGAGGCUGAGGACAUCUACGAUGUCAUUGAGUGGCUCAUUAAGCAAAAGUGGUGUAAUGGAUCGGUUGUCAUGAUGGGCAAUUCGUGGCUGUCAUUGUCACAGAUCAAUUUUGCAUCACGCAUGAAACACCCAGCUCUUAAGGCACUCGCGCCUUGGGAAAGUUUCAACGAUUUUUAUCGGCAUGGUUUUAAUCGCGGUGGACGUCCCCAUCUGCGUAAAUUUCAUGCCAUGAUCUCGGGCGGAAUGGCAGGCCCCGAGGGAUCUGAGGAUGUGUUUGCAAUGACUGCCCAUCGCCCUCUGUACGAUGAUUAUUGGGAAGAAAAAAGAAUCGCGAUUGAGAAUAUUGACGAUAUUCCUGUCUACGCUCUCGCUUCUUACUCCAGUAUGCUGCAUACUUAUGGCUCUUUUGCACUCUUCCGGGAUUCCAAGACGAAGCAGAAGUGGUUGCGAGUACACCCUUACCAAGAAUGGCAUGAUAUAUAUCGUGAUGACAUGAAUGACGAUCUCCAAAAGUACUUCGAUCACUAUGCAAAAGGCAUCAAUAAUGGCUGGGAGGAUACAACACCUCCAGUGCGCCUCUCACUUCUUGGAUUUGAGAGUGGAGGCGGUAUUGCACAGACUGUUAUUGAAAGACCAGAAACAUCCUGGCCUCUGGAACGCGAAGAGCUCCGAACAUUCUACCUUGAUGCGUCUUCAGGAAAACUCGUAAAAGAUCGUCUGACCAGCGAGUCCUCCACUACCUAUGAGGCUCAUCAUCUCACUGACACUGCGAAUUUUACAUUAUAUUUCGAAGAACAGACUGAACUAGCAGGAUAUUCUAAAGCGACAGUCUGGGUCUCGACGCCUGACCAUGACGACAUGGAUGUAGCUGUGCAGAUCCGCAAGAUCGACGCACAGGGCAAACUCUUGAAGCACCUCAACUACCCGUGCCCGGUGCCUGAGUCCGAGGUACCGGAUCUGAAUACAGCCAAAACAUUGGGUCCACAAGGCUUCCUACGUGCGUCGCACCGCGGAACACUCGACCGCUCUCAAUCCUCUUCCGAUGUCGAUUUGUUCUACACGCACCGCUUCUCCGAGAAGAUCAAGCCCGGUACGAAAGUCAGGUUGGAGAUUCCACUAUGGCCGAUCGGCAUGGUUUUUGCGCCAGGCGAAGGUAUUAUGCUGAGGGUUAGCGGUCAUGAUAUGUGUCUGCCAGAGAUCGCGGUGUGUACGUUGGAUGAGCCUGAUGAUGAAAAUGUGGGGAAAACGACAUUGCAUACUGGUGGGGAGUAUGAUAGUACACUUACUCUGCCCUUUAUUCUCGGCUAA